CCGCCCUUUUUAAUGGAAGUCUAGCUUUCUUCCAUCUCAAGCCCCACAACCAAAUCCACAAGAAUCAAUUGAGGAAAAAAAAAAUACAUCACUAGCCAUGACCAACUACAAUACUGUUGAUCAUCAAGAAGGCCAGAAAACCAACAACAAAACAGGGAAGCCAUACUUGCUCCUUUUAGGGCUCAACUAUGUUUUUCUCUUUGUGGGUUCAAUCUCAUCAAGCUUGCUCUCCAAGUACUAUUUCAUUCAUGGCGGUUCAAGCAAGUGGGUGUCAACAUGGGUUCAAAGUGCUGGAUUUCCCCUCCUUGUACCACCAAUUUAUGCUCCUUAUUACCUCCUCAAAUGCACUAAUAGAAGACCCUUCUCAUCUUUCACACCCAAAAUUCUCAUCUUGUCAAUCUUUGUGGGCCUAAUGUUGGGCAUAAACAAUCUUCUAUUUUCAUGGGGAAAUUCUUACUUACCAGUCUCAACAUCUUCUCUCCUCUUAUCAUCCCAACUAGUCUUCAAUCUCAUCUUAUCUGUUAUCAUUGUGAAACAAAAGAUCACAUUUUUGAAUCUCAAUUGUGUAGUCCUAUUGACAGUGAGCUCAGUCCUUACUGGGUUGGACUCGGAUCACAACAAGCCACACGGGUUGACCCAACCCAAGUACUACAUCGGCUUCUUUUGCACAAUCGGUGCUGGCUUGUUAUUCGCUCUGUAUUUACCAGUCAUGGAGAAAAUCUACUCGAGAGUGAAUACCUAUUCAAUGGUGAUGGAAAUGCAGUUUGUGAUCGAGUUCGCGGCGACGGUGUUGGCCACCGUGGGGAUGUCAUCGGACGGUGGGUUUACUGAUUUGAAAACAGAGAGUGAUCGGGUAUUCGACAAAGGACCCGGAUUGUACUGGGUGACGGUGAUAUUCAAUGUGGUGACGUGGCAGAUGUGCUUCAUGGGUACGGCAGGGAUGGUGUAUUUGACUUCAUCGUUGACCGGAGGGAUUUGUUCAACAGCUAUUUUGGGUAUGAAUGUGUUGGGAGGAGUUUUGGUGUAUAGAGACCCAAUUGGAGGUGUUAAGGCAGUGGCUACUGUGGUUUGUCUAUGGGGGUUUUGUUCAUAUGUUCAUGGUAUGUAUUUGAAAAUGAAGAGAGAAGAGGAGGAGGAGAGAGUGAGAGAGAUUGAGAAUAAGCAGAAGAAUUUGGACAUGGAGAUGGCAUCUGCAGAGAAUGUUUGAUCAUGGGUGUUUAAUUUUCUUUUCUUUUUCUAUUUGAUCUUGUCGUGGUAUGUGUGUUUCUUUCAUGCAAUUGAAUUAGCUUGUUGGGUUUAGUUGAAGAGAGAAAAAUAACAAAAUGAAAAUAGUUUGUUCA